AUGUUCUGCUUUGGCAACGUUGACUACAACCAGGGGAAUGGCACCACCUAUCUCCUUUAUGCGGUGUCUGGUAGUAUUUUAAAACAAUCGGUCUGGACCAUCUUGUUACUCUCUUCCAGUUGUUUUUCGCUUGAACGGUAUUUAAUUGCCACGUUGUGUAACAACAUCCCACAAUGUGAAAUGCCACCCAUGCGCUUUCCCGCAUUUCUCUCAUCCAAUUUCCCACCCCUCCCGUUUAGCCUAUCUUCCGGAUUUGAUUGGGAUAUGUAUUGGUUAUGCCGAGCCAUCAUUUGCCGGAAGCAGAGGUGGCGAACCCUUGAUCUGACAGAGGGCUAUGGUCUCUACACAGCUCGCCUGAACGAGUGGAGGUGUAGGCACUUCGAAGUGAUUGUACACGCCUGUAAAGACCAGCAGCUGAAGCAAGGACAAACAAUGAUAAAUGCUCUUCAAGGUCCGUCACGAAGAGACUGGACCUUACCGUGGUGUGACGGCCCAGCACUUAGGACUGAUGACUCCGUUCGUCAUGCAUCGGUUUUGCGUUCAGGAUCUGUUCGUCACAUGGUGCCGGCAUUUUCAGGAAUCUCCAAAUCAGUCCUCAAGCCUCGACACCCAGUCUAUCUGGCCGCGUUCAAUGUCCGCACUCUGAAGCAAGCAGGACAACAAGCUGCUCUUGCACUCACACUGGACUCGCUUGGCAUUGAUGUGUGCUGUCUCAGCAACGAGAAUUCAAGAUGCAAGCACAUCUCCAAUCGCUUCCGACUGCGCACCUCUGGUGAUCCAGAAGCUGCUGCGGUGGGAUGUGCAGGGGUUGGUAUUGUGCUAAGUCACUGGGCGGAAGUAUCCUUACUUGACUGGAUACCUGUUGAUAGUCGCCUCUGUGCGAAUGCCAACCAAUCCGAGUCAAGCACCUUGACUCGACGGUUCUCGCCCCCUCACGGACAUUCUGGCACGACCUUGUGUCCAGCACCAGAAGCUGCGUUGGUUGGGACAUGUGUUACGUAUGCCUCGUUUGCCGAAGAGAGUACUGUUUUCCAUGCCCAAUUCGGAGUGGCGUAA